GGAAUAGAAAACAGCAUGAAGGCAAAGAUACUAAUACUUGAGGAAAACAAAGGUCGCCUUGAAGGGCGAGCAGAUCAGUUGGAAAAGGAUCUAAAAGAAACUAGAAAAGAAAAUAUCCGCUUGGAGGUCCAUCAAGAGAGACAGAAUAAACUUCAAAAGAAACUCGAAAGGGAGAUGAAUGCCUUACAAGAAAGAAAUGCAGAGGAGAUGUUGGCGCUCAAGAAGCAGCUG